AUGGUGCAGAGUCUAGAUAUCCGCCCUACUGUGGUGGACUUUCGCGAGGACAAUGCCUGGGUGAAGCUAGCUCAAGAGUACUGGUCCGAUGCAAAGAAGGUUCGCAAGAUCAAACCUGAUGUGAUCAAGCAGCAACUGUGGGAUCCAUUGGAAUCGGAAGGCUUCACCACUCGGUCGCUGUUAAUCUUGGAAAACUUGAACGUCCUAGAAAAAUUCCUCUGGCCCACGUACACCGAAGAUGCGUCAAAUCACCAUGUCCUUUUGAUCGCUUUGAUUGUCAGUGUCAAGCACCGCGAACAUCUUCCGAUAUGGAAUAUUUUUUCUGACCGCGCGGACGACUUCUCUGGAUUAUUCCAUCGCGUGCUGUCAAUGAGCAUCGAUCCUUCGCUGGCCACUCCUUCUCGAAUUUCCAUUGUCUCGUUCAUCAUUGCCGCUUUCCAGUCCCUUGAAAAUCUCCUCGUCCGCAAGGAAUGCGCCCCCCUCGUUUCAAUCUCGAUAUGGCAUAACUUGGCCAGCGACGAAGCUCGGGAACACACAAUUGCAAAAUCACCACUAUUGAAGAAAGCUUGGAGAGCGUCGACUAAGCGAUUUGAAGCGGGAAAUGACGCCGCCAAGGCAAAGAUGCGAUUCGAGCGGUCGUGGCUGUACACCAUGCUUCUGAUCUUUAUGCAGAAGCUCAACGGAGCGGAGAAAGACCAGCUGGACGAUUUGCUCCACAGUGAGAGGUUUAUCGAACUUCUGGUGGACUUAUUGAGCCAACUUCCCACACGACGAUAUGUCAACACACUUUUAAAAGACAUGAACCUGCUCUCGGUCAUUCGCUUGUCGCAUCUGUAUCGGAACCCGGAAAAUGCGCUGCUGCGGGAUCUCUACGGCUUGUUGCAUCACUUUGUGUAUUUCGCGAUUGAUGAUUACUCCGGGGAAGCGCUUUCUCCCCAGGCAGUCUAUGACCUCCACUGCCAGGAAUUGGCCCGGUUGCAAAGGACAGCCAUGAAGCACUUCAAGGAGAAACUGACCAUUCUUGCCCUUUCCAAUUUGGGUGCGAUCGAACAGCGAUCUGAGCUUGAAGGUCAAUUGUCUUCUCUCGACGAGUCAGAGCUACAGCAGUUGUGCACACAUCUUGGCUUUCGUACAACAUAUCCCAAGUCAUCAAAUGUCACACCCAACCGACAGCUCUAUCUGGAAGUGCUGUCAUCUGCUUAUGAACGUCGCCUCUCCUUUCAAGAGGCUGCUUCUCGAAUCAAGGUUCUCCCGACAGAGGAAGCCUUGUACGAUCCUGCUUUAUUAAGGACUGAGACCUAUGACGGAUCAAGACCGCUUGCGAUUCCAAAACUGAACCUUCAGUAUCUGAGUAUUGGAGACUUUUUAUGGCGAUCAUUUUUGCUGUAUCGCUCGGAAGCCUUCUUCCAGAUACGCAAAGACAUGGAAUUGGUGGUCAAGCGAAUGCAGCCAAAAGCAAGCCGUGACGGCCAAGUCAAGUUUGAUGGGUUCUCACGCAUGGCCAUUCCUAUUUCCAAACCUGCCAUCAUUGAGGUUGCUCCGGCCAAGGUCGGAUCCUCUAACCCUGCGUUUGUGCGAGCGGAGAUCGCGAUUGAGGUUGGCCGCCUAGCAGAAAAUGUUCGCAAGGAAUGGGACUCGCUACGAACUGACGAUGUAAUUUACUUGCUCGCUGUUCAAACGCCUUCUCCCGCCCACAUGAACGCAUCUGUUCCAGUCUCUGAUGGAUUUUGCAUGACACAUUUACGCACCGCCGAGAUAGUGCAAGUGCUCGAUGAACAAGGCCGCGCCUUGCGUCAACCGGCGGGUGCUCAGAUGAAUGGGCACCAUUCUCGCCCGAGAAUACGAAAAUUACUCGUGAAUCUUGAUGCUGCAGCAUUCAAGGCUGACAAAGAUCGUCAGGCACAUGGAAAGCCAGAUAUUUACCCCUUGCUCAAUGUGGUAGCACGGAGAAAGGCCAGGGAGAACAACUUCAGGUCAAUCCUCGCAACGAUGCAGAAUCUCAUUGUCUCAGAUGUUGCCCUUCCAUCUUGGUUGCAAGACGUCUUCCUCGGUUAUGGCGACCCCGCAAGUGCGCAUCACCCUCAACUGGCCAAUCGACUGCAGUCUGUAGAUUUCCUGGACACAUUCCUCGACUGGCAUCACCUCGUGGAGAGCUUUCCCGGCAGGACAAUCGAGCCGUCUGGGUCCGAGACAUCCAGCUUUGGCCCACCCUACAUCCUUAACUGGCUUGAAAAUGCAUCUGAGAACGGUGUUUCAGAGCCGCCGAAAAAACGUCGACGAGAUCAAAGUAAGCAGACAAGCGACGAGUCAUCGACCAUCCGUGUGUCCACCUACAAACCCCCCAAUCCGGGACCUUACCCAGUGGAUGCCCCCAAAAUGAAUCAAGUCCGUUUCACCCCAGCGCAAGUGGAGGCAAUUGCAUCUGGCGUGCAGCCUGGUCUCACCGUGAUCGUGGGGCCUCCCGGUACCGGAAAAACGGACGUUGCAACGCAAAUAAUCAACAAUCUCUACCACAACUUCCCCAAGGAGCGUACCCUUCUUAUCGCGCACAGUAACCAAGCGCUCAAUCAACUAUUCCAGAAGAUCACAGCACUUGACAUCGAUGAGCGGCAUCUCCUUCGUCUCGGCCAUGGCGAAGAGGAGUUAGACACUGAUUCCAAUUACAGCAAGCAUGGUCGUGUUGAGUCUUUCUUGGAUAACCGCAGCUAUUAUCUUUCAGAGGUAAUGCGACUCGCAGCGUCAAUCAACGCCGAAGGUGCUCAUGGAAAUUCCUGUGAAACAGCAGGUUACUUUAACACUGUCCAUAUUCAACCAGCUUGGGCGAAAUUCUGGGAACAUGUUAAUUCCGACAAGGUGACGAACGAGGAGAUCAUCACAUCUUUCCCAUUCCAUGCGUACUUCUCGGACGCGCCCCAGCCAUUGUUCGCCGACGGUGCGCCCAGGGAAUCUAUUUUGGAUACCGCGUCAGGCUGCCAAAGGCACAUUGAGCGGAUUUUCUCCGAGCUCGAAGACAUUCGACCAUUCGAGAUCCUGCGACAACCACGUGACAAGGCCAAUUACUUGCUGAUCAAAGAAGCUCGUGUAAUUGCGAUGACUUCUACGCAUGCGGCAAUGCGGCGCCAGGAAAUUGCGGACUUGGGCUUCCAUUACGAUAAUGUGGUAAUGGAGGAAGCUGCGCAGAUCACAGAGAUAGAGAGCUUCAUUCCUACUGCCAUGCAAAACAUGAAGAAUGGCGAACUCCCACUGAAGCGAGUUGUGCUAUGUGGAGAUCAUUUGCAAAAUUCACCCAUCAUUCAGAAUCUUGCCUUCCGUCAAUAUGCACACUUUGACCAAAGUCUCUUCCUUCGGUUGGCGCGACUCGGCGUUCCCGUGAUCACACUGGACAAACAAGGUCGCGCCCGACCUAGUAUUGCUGAGCUCUUCAGGUGGCGAUAUGAGAAACUGGACGAUCUCUCAGUCGUGGAAACUACCGAGGAGUUCAAGCAAGCGAAUGCUGGAUUCCAGUUCGAUUACCAGUUCAUCAAUGUCCCCGAUUACCAGGGUUCUGGUGAACGCGAGCCAACGCCACACUUCAUUCAAAACCUGGGCGAAGCGGAGUAUGCUGUUGCGCUGUUCCAGUAUAUGCGUCUUCUGGGAUACCCUGCGGAAAAAAUCUCGAUUCUGGCCACAUAUGCUGGUCAAACAGCUCUAGUUCGAGAUGUUCUUGGCCACCGCUGCGCGAAGAAUCCAAUGUUCGGCAUGCCCAAGAUUGUCACGACAGUGGAUAGGUAUCAAGGCGAGCAGAACGAUUACAUCAUUCUCUCCCUGACUCGGACUCGCACUGUGGGCUAUCUUCGUGACGUGCGUCGUCUCACCGUGGCCCUGUCGCGUGCGCGCUUGGGUCUUUACAUCCUUGGCCGCCGUGAUGUCUUUGAGUCGUGCUAUGAACUUCAACCUGCCUUUGACCGCCUCCUACAACGACCCGAUAAGUUGAUGCUAGCGCCCGGGGAGAUGUUCCCAACUACUCGAGCGCUGGACGCUCCAGUUGAGGGGACGCCCAUGGAAGGUUUAGAACAUCUUGGUCAGUAUGUCUUUGAAAUGACACAGGCCAAGGUUAAAGCUAUGGACGCUGGUCACAUGGUCAUCGAGGACGUUACAACAAGCGGCGAGAACUCUCGCCAGGAGGAAGACGAGGAAAUGCUCGGCGCUGGACCGGAGGAGGGCGAAGACAUUGUUUGA